GUCAGAUGGGACAAGAUGGCCUCAGCUGGUGGGUAAGUUUAUUCCUAUCAUCUACCUCCCUCCCUGGAUUUAUGAUGCUGCGUCACACAAAAUAAAGCCAAGUGGCAUCAGAAAUGCCAUCCACCUCCAUAAGAAAAGGCCUUAAAUUUGCAGCCCUUUUCAUAAACAAGAUACAAAACUCCUGCCUCUCAUCCUCUGCCAAUGCCCCUCAACUUGUAGUUUGACUAAAACCCUGUUCUCAACCAUUUAUAGACUUGCUGGCAUGCCUGCAGUGCGAACCACCGGACUUGCACUAGGCCAGAGGGUCUGGAGCGAGUCGGUCAUUGCGCUGCCUCAGACUGCGGCAAGAGGUUGCGUCCUUAAAAGCAGAAACACGUAACUGCAGUGGCUGAUGGAUUUGUUUUUAACAGGAAAGUGUGAUCUUGUUGUUAUAAGAUGUGCUAAGUGGAAAGCUCCUAAAUCAGAAUCAGUUUUCAAGCUGUAGUAAGUGUUAGAAAGUUGCCGACCAGCUUACAUAGACCCCAUUUUUGUUGCUCUCUUAAUUUUUGAUAUUUGGAUGCGAUUUCUACAAAAGAGAAUUUUAGGAUGCUGGGACUUGCCUUCCUGGUGGCUUUCAAAGCAUCUCUGAAACUUGUCCCAUUACCAAGUGUGUAAAAAAAAUCAAGUCGGUCAUCCUUGGAGUUGGAAAAAUGUUUCCACUGACUUGUGAUUCAGGGAAACACUUGCCCCACCAUGAGUUUCCCUAGAUCAAAAGGCUGAUGGAAACAUCAUCACUCCAAUGCAUCCUUUCCUCUCCCUGAGAGUUUUGAAAACAAAAAAAAUUGGCUCCCUGAGGACAGCAAAAUGAUUUUUACCAUUGAGGCAAAGUGCAAGAAGUAAAAUUAAAGUGGACAAUAAUAAACCGUGCCAAAGGAACUGGAUUCGUACAGAACUGAACUCCCAGUCCUGCACUUGGCCUUGUUAGCUGUCAGGGUAAUAGGCUAAAUAAAUGGUUUGGGUUGUUUAUGAUGAUGAAGGUGGCAGUACAUGGGAGAACUGGGUUUUAGUCCUACUUGUGCAGCACCGUGAGGGUUACUUUACCUCUCUGUUCCCUUGUGCGUAACGCUAAGACUUCAGUAAUCUAUUUUAUCUGCCUCCUGGAACUAUUGUGGAGUUGUUUAAAAAAUACUGGCCGACCCAGGCAGGGAACGUUCUGUGCAAGUUUCUUCCUCCCCUCCUCCUCACUUGGCUGUAUUUGAGCUAAAGGAGGUUGACAUUUGGGGAGUGGAAAUUUCUCAGCACAGUUACUCUUGUUUGGGGAACGUGAGCAACCAGAAGCCCAAAUGCUUCCUUCUCAGAAGCCUGGAGGCUGAGACAGGCUGCCGUCGUCUUUCAACACGGGAGGCUUUGAUUCACACCCGGCAUAGAUGGUAGGCUGAAGCGGCCACACCAAACUGGACUCGCCCCAGACAAAUGGAGAGAACCAACUGAAAACAGAGAGGCUGGAUAUACCGGGCAAAUAAAUGUGUUAGGGCCCGUGUGUGCAGGGACACCCAAGAAGGCACCGUUGAAGGCAUGACAUUGGCACACAGGAGUAAAGGUUCAUCACAUCCAGAAGUAUGAAGUGUAACUGGUUUAUUGACCAGAGGUGCCUGAUCUAAACAGAGCACCAUGUGAUUUAGUCCUAACCAGAGCCAAGACACUGCUUGCUGCUGCAGGGUUUCCCUAAGACUUCGCCUACUUCCCAGCUGCCAGAGAAGAACAGGCAAGGGGGUGUAUACAUCUCUUCCAUCAUCUGGGCAAGCGAUGCAGGAGCUGUCAAUGGCACCGUAAGAACUGCUGUACAUGGAAUCGCUGUUAGCAAAGCCCUGCUAAGGUUUACCACGCAGAUGAGCCUGCACUGCAAAAUGUACUAAAAUUACCUGGCCACAGAGCUUCACGCAACUCUUGUUCUGACCACAGGACAUCAAGCUCUUGCUGCUGUGGAGUUUACCUAAAAGGAGAAAGACCUAUCCACUCCUUUCCAAGGAUGCUUAUCACAUAGGCAGUACCCUCAAAGUGCUCUUUUCUGCAGCUAAAGGCAUGGCAAACCUUCCCUGGACCAUGGCAGAGGGGCUCUCCAAUGAGACAGUCCAUGCCAGCUUGGAGGUAAGCUUCCAGUACCCCCUCUUCACUGUCAUCUACAGCCUUGUCUUUGUGCUGGGACUGAUAGAGAACAUCUUUGUCCUGUACCUGUUAGCCUCCAAGGUCACCCACACCUCUCAUUCCUACAUAUACAUAAUGAACCUGGCUAUAGUAGAUACCUUGUUUGUUUGCAUUUUGCCCUUUAAAAUCCAUUACCAUCGAAACCAGAACCACUGGAUCUUUGGUGACCUGGCUUGCAGAAUCACUGGCACCUUCUAUUACAUCAACAUCUACCUAAGCAUUGCCUUCUUCACCUGCAUUUCUAUUGAUCGGUACAUAGCCGUGCUGCACCCCUUCACGUACAUCAAGAUCAAAGGCACCCACUACACACUAGUAGUCGUUGCCCUCUGGUUGGCUGCCGUAAGCAUUGCCGUCUCGCUGAUGCUCGAGGGGCCUCUUCACAACAUCAACACAGGGAACAGGACAGCCUGUUUUGAGAACUUCCCAGUGACCAGCUGGACCCAUCGCAUGGUGCCCUACAACAUUCUUGCCUUGGUGUUCGGCUUCGUCAUUCCCUUUGCUGUCAUCCUGAUCAGCUACCCUCUUAUUGCCAAGCGCAUCUCCCACAUCAGGCACAACAUGUUCAAGAAGAAGGCCUUGAGGACUAUCUACUUGAUCCUGUUUAUCUGCACCAUGUGCUUCCUUCCUUACCACCUCACCCACCUCUUCCACUUCCUGGCUAGGGCUGAGCUCAUCAAAAAUCCCCAGUUUACCAACUUCAUCUACAAAAUGCGCCGGGUUACAUUAGCCUUGGUUAGUUUUAACUGCUGCCUGAACCCCAUCCUGUACUACUUCAUGUCUGCCAGCAAGCAGUGGCACUGUCACAUCCGGCUUCGAUCCCGGCCCAAGCAGGUUUAUACCAUCUGUGACAGAAAAUUGAGUAACGAUUCCUGCUUUUACCAAAGCAAGUCAGAGCCAAAACUUGAAAGCAAAAACACAAGGAUGAAACACUGGUUUAUGUAAAACAAGGUAAAUCAAUCAUUCACCUCUAACUUU